UGAAAUGUUUCCCCCAAUUCAUUGCGAGUGAAAACGUGAAGCCAAACACAUGGCAGGUGCUGAGGAAAACGCACAAUAAUACAACGGGUCGAGUCAGUGAAAAACCAAAAAAAAAGAAAGAAACAACAAAUAAUUUAACAAAAACAAAAGUUAUAAAAUCAUACAAAAAAAAAAAUACAUAUGCUAAGGAAAAGCUAAUAACAACAACAAAAAAUUAAACAUGGAAAAUUAAAUAGAAAAAAUGUGACAAAAUUACAUGUGAAGGUUGUUCUGCUUCACUCACAAACCACCCAAUUGUGCAGUCUCGGCAUAAAAAUAAUACCACACAGCCAAAUAACAACAACAGCAGCAGUAUAAACGACUCUAGCAAAUCUGUGAAUUGAAUUUGUGCUAAAAAGAAUACAAGAACAACAACAACAACAAUAAUAAGAAUAUUUUUAAUCUCUCAGCGUUAAUUAAUCGUUCGUUUUGUACAUUUCGUUCGUCCGUCCAGCAGCAGUAGCAGCAAGAACGCCAGUAGUCCGGUUGGCUGUAUUGUGUCUAAAGUGUAUUUGAAAAAAUUAAAAUAAACAGCAACAACAACAAAAUACAAUAAAAAAAAGGAAUUUUGCAAAGUAGAAAAAUAACUUAAAAGUACUUAACAAAACAUUCACACUCACAUACAGAAAAGUCGACAGACAAACAGACAUACAGCUACAUGCUGAUAUAUUUACAUUUAUACAAAAGUUUAAAACCGGCACUUGGCGAUGGUGGUGUGAAAAGGAAUCAAGGUGUUAAAUUUCAACAUCCACACAUACAUUCACACAAAUCUACACGGAGUGCAUUCCUCCGCUAAGCUGAAUCACAGAAAACGUGGGAGCCGGCUACAAUCGGGCGUAUACGUGUGCAAAAUUGCAUUGCAACAACAAAAAGGAAACACAAAACUGCAUUCGAAAGCCCCUUUUUAGAGGCGGCCAUCGAAGUAAAGUGGACGUGUGUGUGGUUGACGGAUUCCGCAGACAUUUCGUCAAUGCGUCUCAACAAGACAUACUGGCGCGCCAUAAGGCGUUAUUUUCUGGUUUUCACGGCAAUUGCAUUUCUACCCCUGGCUCUGGUCUAUUUGGUGCGCAGUGAGCAAAUCUACAAAAUCAAGGGUUAUGAGGCCUCAAAAAUCAAGGAUCAUUUUACCGAUAAAUCGUUUCGUUAUCCCGUCAUGUUGCUUGGCAAAAAUAAGGAUCUAACUGUAGCGGCCACAGGGAACUCGAAAAAAAGAUUUUCCAAAUACGAUAAAUACAUCAACGAAACACAUCUACCACUAAUUCCGGAUGAGGCAAUACAAUCACUAUCGGAAAGUGAUAUGCUGAAAGUGGAGAGGCGCAUGGAGAGAAGGCGUAAAUUUCUGGCGGAGAAAUGUUCCGAGCUGGGAUUGGAUGUGGUGGGAAAUGAUUCAUGGCACAAACCAAAUCCAUGGGAAUUUUUGGUCAAUAAAAAGCAUCAUAUAAUAUGGUGCAAUGUUUUCAAAGCUGCCUCUUCAUCAUGGAUGUAUAAUUUUAAUGUUCUGGCCGGUUAUUCGCCAGAUUUUUUGCGUAAAACCAAAGAGAUAUUUUUACAUUUAGCACGUGAGCGUUAUCCACGAGUUACUUUAGACGAGCUGCACGAGGCUCAGAACAAUUCAGUGACCUUUUUAAUAGCCCGCCAUCCUUUCGAGAGGCUAUUGAGCGCUUAUCGCGAUAAAUUUGUGUAUGCCAUACCACAUUCGCUGCACGAUAAGUUCGGCCGUAAAAUAGUACGAACUUAUAGGAAAAAGAGUCUACAGCUAAAGCCACCCAAAUAUCCAACAUUCCAAGAAUUUGUCCGUUGGCUAUUGGAUCAAAUCAAGCAUGACAACUAUCUGGACAUGCAUUUUGUUUCGUAUACACGAUUCUGUACACCGUGCCUCAUACAUUUCGAUGUAAUUUUAAAAUUUGAAACCCUGGAAGAGGAUCAAUUGUAUCUGAUCGAAAAGACUGGUCUGAAACAGAUAAUAGCGCCAGAAUGGCAAAAUCCUGGCAAAGGAAAAAACACAUUGGACUUAUUGCAACAAUUCUAUUCGAAGUUAACGAGAACAGAGAUCGAUGGACUGUAUGAUUAUUAUAGAUAUGACUUUGAACUCUUCAAUUAUAGUGCGACAUCAUAUUUUAAUAUAGCCCGAUCGAAUGAGGAGGAUAUUCCGGAACAGCCGGUCUUAUUAUUGGGAAAACCUCCAGCGCCUUGAACAAUGUGAAGAAAGACACAUCACAAUAGCAAUUUCCUCGCAUUACAAAUGAAAAAGACUACAACACUCCUCUGGAAGAGAGUGAAUAUAUCACACACGCUUCUCUGACGAAAACACAAUCAAUAAAAGCAUAACAUAAUAAAGGAUUUGCAAAUACACACUCACAAUAACCUGGAAAACUUUCGCUAAAAGAAAAAUCUUUCGCUCUCUCACUCUCUCUCUACUCGGAAGACUCACAAGAGGGUUAUUCGAAUAAUGAGAUCCAAUGAGAUAUAAACUCAAAGUUUGUUAGAUAUACUAUAUCUAGUGGAUAUCCACUAGAUCUCGUUUGUGUAAACAUGCUAUUAGAUCAAUUUUAUAUUGAAAUAUUGGAAAAAAUGUUAAAUUUAUAUCAUGGUACAAUGAUAUCAAGGUAGGGCUAUGAUAGCAUAUGAUUUUAAUUUUUUUUAUUUUCUUGGCUUAAUAUGUCAUCUUUAUUUGUUUAUGUAUGUGUUUUCUUUUCAAUAACAAAAAAAUGAUCCAGAAAACAUUGAAAUUCGGGUGUUUUCAAAAUGUUUAUUUCAACGUAUGCAUCGACAAAAUCUAGAGUUUUUGUAGCGAAAUAAUCCUUUAGAGAUAUAUAGUACAUUAUUUUGAAAAGAAGUGUUGACCUUUCAUUCAAUUAUCGCGUUUUUCAAUUAUCUAUUCAAAAUAAAUGCAACAAGUUGUUUGAUUUUUUAUUGUUUUGAUACUAAUUAUGACAUUACAAGCCAAACAGGUAGAACUCUAUACUUGCAAUUUUUUCAAAGUUGACCUACCUUCUCUUCAUUGUACCAUGAUCACAGUAAAGUGAUCUAAUGUGGGGUUAAACUUUAUUUACACGGAAACCUAAAUUACACCGCGACGAGGGUUUCGAUGAAGUCGCUUCUUUUCUUUUCGAACCAUUUCUGCUGAUGUUGCUGUUUUCUUCCGUAAUAAUAUGACUCUUUUGCUUCUAAUUACAAUGCUUCUCUAUAUAUUUUCAAGCGCAAACGUUCUCUGUCCAAGCGUGGUAUGUUUCUUAUCUCUAUGAUCUCGAUAGUCCGAAUGACCCUCAAUACAACGCUCUCGUCCAUAAAAACAACGCUAGUUUUAUAUGCAUUUCUCGCUCUCUAUCUCUCUAUAUAUACACACAUACUGUAGUUAUAUUAUUUAAAUAUAUAUUUUUUCAAAUUUAGUGCGUUUGUCGAAAACGAAAAGCUUUCGAAAUUCCAGAUGCUAGCUAUUUUCGAAGUAUUGCAAUACAACAAAAAAAAAAAAACAAAAAACAAA